UCCGAUGUGGUGCAACCAAAAGCUAUGGCAAUCGCAAAAUAAAAGUUUUAAAAUGAAUGUUUAGGACAAAUUCAUACAGUUUGAUGCGUUGAGACAGUCUAGUCAUGGAAAAACUACAAAAGCAAACUUCAAAAACUCAGCAGAGGGAGAUGGAGUUCCUGAAGUCAAUGACAGUCCCUCCCAUCAGGUCACUGCUAGAGAGUGCCCCGCCCAGUGUAGCUGUGCUAGGGGCUUACAUAGACGAGCUAGACAGUCAACUGGAUGAAAACAGUCACAAGAUGGAUGAGUGUCUCCAUGAAAUCUUGAAGACUUGUAAUAAACUACCUGGAAACAAACAGUAUAGUAGUCCUAAGGAGGCAGUGAACCAUGUGAUCUCCACACACAUCAUAGAGAAGGACUCGUGUUACGACCCCGAGGCUGAGGACGUACUCACCAUUCUGAGUCAUGUUAUAUCAGUUCUGGAGAAUCAUCCAGGGAGUGAAGAGAAGCUUUUACAGGAUCUGCUAUCAUUAUCCUCGAAAGAGGGAUUGUCCCUGCCCUGUAAAUCCCACCAAGGAUCUAAUCCCAUGCAGUCAGUCACCUCAGUCAAUGCUGUAACUGACAAUUUAGAAAUGCAAAUUUCUCAACAGUGGGACCAGAUUUCCCUCCAUUUCCGCCGCUAUUUCACCGACAAGUUAAAGAAACUUCCCAUCGAUAGCACUAAGCCAGAUCUGGACCUUUUUGAAGGGAAACGGAUGGAGUAUAUCCACAGCCUGUUGGCUCUGUAUACAUCAGAUGACAUCCUCAUCAAGUACCAGACUCUGAGAUCCCAACAGCUGGAGCGCUGUUUUGAGACUUUGCUGCCAGAAAUGGACUCUGAACAGUAUAGCUCCAUGGAAAUCACCAAGAACUGCAGGGAACUGUCGGACAUCAUACUCAACAUGAUCGAUGAAGAUUUUGUUAUUUUCAACUCAGGAAUUUUCAAGAAAUCUUUCAACACUGCAAGGGCCAUGCAUGACAUGUAUUUGGAGAAAUUUUCAGAUGAAAUGUCAGCAUUGGUAGAGGAUAUAUGGGAGGAUAUUGAGGACAUUGUCAAUAAGCCCAGGAAAAGCUCCUUAGCCCAUGCAAAUCAGUCCCCAAAUUCUGAGCAGGGUGAACUAGAGCAAAACAGUCAGAGUCUACCCAGAAUUUACAUGGAGUCCAUUUUGGAUGUUGUUACAUCUGUGUUGCACAUUGAGGAACAUGUGGAGUGUUUGCUGAGGUGCGCAGCCUGGGAUCCAGCAGGCGUGACCAGUAAACGAGUGAAGCGGAAAGGCAGUCUCAGAGGUGUAUUGAAGACAACAUCUAGUCCAGAGAUCCAGAGGCGUCCCCUCAGCUACACCUCAGAUGACAUGUCCUUUAGUGAAAACUUUAAUACCUCAUUUGGAUCCAUGCCCAGCAGUCUCUCUGACAGCAUCCCAGCUCCAAAAGUUGUGGAGAGGACUCGAGGUGAAGAGAGACUGCGAUGGGAGUGGAAGCUGAUGUUUAAGAAGAUUGCUCCUGACCUAGCCAAGUUUGUGGGGCUACGGAUUCGCAAUCUCCUGAAGACUACUCUAGACUCAGAGCUUGGAGAUUGGACUCGACUAGGGGUACUUCACACUGAAUCUGUCCCCCAAGAACUUUGGGGAGGCAAACUGGAUUAUCCAAAAUCCAUUUCUAAGUCAGUGUCUUGUUUUAUGACUGAGCUGGAUUUCCUGCUGCCGUUUGCCAGGGCUGGGACAGAGGGCUCCAUCUUGAACUGUGUGAGGCUGGCCUUUGUGGACGCCAUCAACCUCUGUCUACAGAACUUUCACAUUCAUCUCACCAAGCUAAGCAGUGAUGUUCCAAGGAAUGCUCCCAUGAAAACCCUCUACAUUUUGUUGUCUAGCUCUGUUUACAUAAAGAAUCAUCUACAACACUAUGAGAUGGUGCUCACAGGCGACGAUAGCAGCAAGAAGAAUUUCUCCAGCCUGCAUAAGAAUUACCAGGAGUUGGUGGAUGCCCUGUUUAAGCUUACAAUAGAGAUCCACAAUAAUUACAUGGCGACCAGCAUCCUUCACGACAUGGAGAGCUACAACUGGAAGGACAGCAAAGAAUUCCAAGAGGGUGAGCGGUGCUCCUUCCCUGUACAGAUGUGGAACUACCACCUGCGUGGACUGUGUCAUGACCUGUGGACUAUCUGCUCCCCCCGGCUGUCACAGGACAUAUACAGCCAGAUCCUACACAACUCUCUGCAGAUCUUCUCCCAGAGAUACUCCCACUCAAAGCCCAGCUACCGCAGAACCUCACAGUAUAGGUCUGACAUCAUCUCUAUCUUGCUGUGUGCCAGUGAAUUGCUUUUUCCAGCAUGCAGUUCUGUUUCCAUGUACCUUGACCCAGGGUCAUCUCAGCUGCCUCAUUACAGCAUACACAACUUCUGCUCAGUUCUCCUGGCAGACAUGGCUAUAGUUGCCUCUCCACUGGAAAUGCUUUACAAGAUGUACAAGAAAGGUUUCCAUGAGCUGCCUGAACUCCAGCCCACCAGUGGAUCAACUCCUACUGCAGAGGUCAUCGGUACCAACACACACUGGUUGUCAUGGAUACAGCCAACCAUUUUCCAGACUGGACACAAACAUUACUUUGAUAUGAGGACAACCACUGCGGUGUAUUUCCACUGUAAGCUUCUCUUAUCUCAGCCCGACAUUGAUUGGUCAAAAGUCCUGCAGGCUUAUAUCAUGAAGGAUUUCACUCUGCCCAUUUUAUUCCUCACUCAAAGUGUGACGGGAGAUUCUCCAACACAGGCAAACAAUGAUAAGAACCUUCAUCAACAGAAGGUCUCGCAGACCUUUUCUGUCAUAACUCGAGUUUUAACACAGUGUCAUCACUUCAAGGAAUCAGUAGCAAGAGUUUUGGUGCCAGUCAUAAGUCGAUGUAAUGAGUGGAAGUUGUUGGAUACGAAGACACUGAUUGGUCAGGAUAUUAUGGUGCCUGUAUGGAUGGAGACUGUGUUUACCUUGCUGGACCCAUUCAUAAACAGUGUCCUGAAGCCUGUCCUAGUGUCGGUGGUCCUGGACGGGAACUCUGGUCCCCCCAUACGCCCCAUCAUGUCAGUCAUAGCUGACCUGCCCUGUGGGUGUCGACCCCAGUUCACACCCCCAUCCUCCAGGUCCAAAAGCUCAGAAAGUCAGAAAGAGCUGAUGGAUGCCCUGAUGAGACAGAUGGUCUCUUACAUUGCUGACAAUGUCUUCUCUAUUCCUAAUACACUCUGCAUUCUGAUGAGGACACUGCAGGAGCACUGCACAGCCAACAACAUUAAAACCCCCCACCACUGUGCUGGAAUGAAGGUUAUAGGCACCUGCCUGCGACUGAGGCUACAAGACAAGCAUUACCUGGAGAGGGUCACUGGCCUCAAUCUGAAUCACCAGCAGACGGACACCCUCAAGUCCCUGGCAGACUGUGUCUAUUAUGUGCUCAUCAACACCAAAGCUAAAAGCAAUGCUACACCCCAGCUGGCUGGGAAAUUCUGCAAGGAGAAUAAGGUGUGGGUUCAAAGCAAAAUCCAGGCCAUUACAAGCUACCUCAACAAUGUGAUGUUUGAGAUGAAUGACCACACAAUACUCGAGGGUGCCACCAAUGAAUACAUGAAGCAACUCUUCACCUUGGCAGCAAGCAAUAUUCUGGAUUCUCCGACUGGACAAGCGGACCUAACUUGCUUGUAUGGUCUGAUCGCAAAUAACUUUUCUUGGCUGGAGCGACAGUUUGACAUCCAGUUUAUACUGCCAUCAUCUGGAGCGGAAAAUAUCCCACAGUUCACCCUGAGCUGUGAAGUGGACCAAUCCAAAGAGUUUAAUGCAUGUAAAGAGUAUGAAAUGAUUGGAACCCGAAAAUUUGAUCAUCCCACCAUUGAAUCCUUCAACAUAAACUGGCAGGAACUUCUGUCCUCAGACCUGGGUAUCAGUGAGUUUGGAUUCCGUUCUCUGCUCUACAAUCGCCAUGAGAUGCAGGAUGGUGCAUACCUGGAGGAGCAAGAGAAGAAGCCAGUGGAAACACUCAAAUCAGUGUAUGAAAACGAACCCCGAGAGUUGGGAUAAACGAGAAAAUGUAUAUCCUUUUUUGUUAGAUGUCAAUUAUAACUUUACAUGGUAAAUGUAUUUGUUUGUCUUAAAAAUUGCUCAAGAAGUUUACUUGUAAGGAAAUUAGGAUUUACCGUUUUUAAAAAGAUUUAUUAAGAAUUUAUGUUAAAUUUUUGUCAAGUUAUAAAACUCGAAUUGAAAAAUGUUUUGCAUUGAUAUUGCUGGUUUUUUAAAGAAUGAUUAUCUACAUAUAUUUGUCAAAAUUGCUUGUAAAACUACCAACUGAAGUGAUAGUGAAAUAUUUUUUGGCUAUACAUUGUACUGACAAAGAGGGGUUAUUAAAUUUUAAAAAUAUAGAAGUCAUCUAUUGGUUAGAUUGUUGAAUUACCAUGGAAUGAAUACCAGCACUUACAAAUGGCUAGCUCAUUCUGAGCUGAUGCUCAUAUACACUUAAGCUACCCUGUACUAGUCUUGUAGAUGAUAUGUGAUACCACCAAAAAUUAAUAACAAUUCUGUACUUGAUUCACUCUUCCAGACAGAUAUUAUUACCAAUGAUAUUAAAACCAUUUUAUGAAACAUUUGUUAAUAUUGAUGACUAAUAAAACAUCACAGUAAGCUCAAAUUUAUUAAGAAACUCCUAGGUUAUGUACAUGUAUUACGUAUAUAGAGAAGUCCAAAUCUAUUUUAGUGAUUACUUAGACAUUUUGUUUUUAUACAUGUAUUUGUAAAUCAAAGGGAUAUAAAUAUAUAGAUCAAAAAUCUAAUGCUAAUAGAAGUAAAUCAAUGAAAUUUUUAUUAUUAUUUUUUUUUAUUUUCUGCAUUUAUAUAAAAAGCUAGAUAUAACUACCAGUAGUAAUGUAUAGAGAGUGUAGAUUUGUUCAGCUCAUAGAAAUAUUGUACAUUUUACACUAGCAUCAUUUUUUCUAUCAGAUGAAGUGAUAGUGUUGAGGGGGGUGGAUUCUUUACGCUGGUUUAUUUCCAAUAAUGCUGUACUGAGCCGCUGGUCUUCAGUCACUUAUCUAUCCAUGUCUGACCUAUUUGCUAUUUGUUGUUCGGUUUUGUUUUUUAAUUGUGUGAUUUACAAAAAAAGAUCUGUUUGUGAAAUGAUUGAAAUGUGUUGAUAACCAUUGCUUGAUACCCAAUGCUGAUUUUGUUAUGAUAGGAAAUAAUAUAUGUCUCUUGAACUAAACAUGUUAAUAGAGAUUCUCACAAAAGGUGCUUCUGAAUUGAAAUUCAAUUACCGGUACCUGUGUUUUGAAGAAAAUGUGAUAAUUAUUGCCAUGAAAAGAUGUCUUUACUCUUACAUGUACGUACAGUAGUAGGUCAAAUCUCUGUUGAAAGUGCUCAUUCUUUGUACAUACACACAAACUCUAGUCACAUUAUUCUAAUGAUUUUUUCCUAUUUAACACUUGUUUCAGAAUACAUUGUGAAUUUUGUACCACCACCAACCGUUACUGUGGUUUCAUCAAUAUUCGUUGAACACCAAUUUUCGUGGAUUUCGUCGUUAAGUUGUUCCAUGAAAUUGAAUGAUCAUUGAAGUAUAAUUUCUAUUAUCAUUUUGUAUUUGUAUGUUCAUUUGCCACAAAUUUACGUGUCCUUGAAACUGUGAUUUUCACUUCAUCCACACAAAAAUUGAUACCUUUGAAUAUUAAUGAAACCACAGUAUAUACGUUCAUGUUAUACAGUUGUUGUGAAUUAUUGAUCGUUGUCUGUCAAUAUGUGAGCUAUUAUGAUUCCCAUCUUAUUAUUUGUUCUAUGAAAUGUGAAUACAAGUCUGAAUCUUGUGAAAUUAUCAAUAGUCACCUCAAUCUCCCACCAAUGUGAUAACUGUGUUUUAGCCAUUGUUUUUAUAUUUAUCUUUUGUAUACAUCCUAUUUAUUUUGUUCCAUAUGCCGUCCACGAUUACUUGUACUCAACCAUAUCCCUCUUAUAACUGGUACAAAAAAACAUGGGGAAAGUGGGGGUGGGGUGCAGCUAUUUAUGUUUCCUACUUGAAGGAUAAAAAAAGUUAAGAAGAUUAAAUAUAGAAUCUUACUUUUUGAUGCAAGAAUUUCUGGAAUAAACACUUCCUGUCCUUCCCCCUAAGAUUAUUUUAGUGCUGUAAGUAUAUACUGGUAUAUCAGUGUUCCAGAAAACAGAGAGCAAGUACCGGUACAUGUAUUUGAGGAUAGUAUGUAUGGGUAACCUUCAUUGAUAAUAAUUAAUAACAUUAAUAACUGAAAAAUUAAAUGAGUUCCUAGGUACUAUACAGUCCUGCAGCCUCAGGGUCUUAAAAAGGCAGGUGCUGUCAGGUACUACCAGUACGAUAGAUAUUAUUUUUAAGGGGAGGGGGAGUGUUCAAGGGAUGCUUUUGUCUUGUUUUUUUUUUUUGGGGGGGGGGGGGGGGGGUUCCGACGCUUAUUUUGGUAAUUUUAAACUUUCUGAAGCAGGAAACAGUUCUUGUUGUUGAUUUGCCAGUGCAUUUACCCACAAACUGGUUGUUAGGAACUGUGAUUUAUUUUCUUUGGCUAUUUUUGUUUAAUUUAUUUCUUCCUCUGUGUAGUAUUUUCAUCUGUAAUAUUUAUGAGUUUUUAGAAUUAGGCUUUAUACAUUGUUAUGAAGUUAUUUUGUAUUUUAUUUAUACAUUAUCUGAAAUCCAUGAUAAUGAACUGUUAACAACUUCAUUUGCAGCAGGAUUGUUUUUAAUUAUCAAAUUAUGUAGAUUAUGCCAAUAUUAAAUUUAUUCCUUAG